CUAUCACACACGAUGAACCAACAUUCUAAUAAUGAAAUGAACGACCAAAAUGGUAGAAUUUGCCAAAUAGUCAAAUGAGAAAUAACUAAACGAAUGUGACAAAGACUCAUAGCUUGGGACCAUGUCUGUUAACUCACGACUAGCCUGCCUGUGGCAUUGAACGAUUCGUCCAUGAACGAUCACCCAAUCGAUGCAUCAGGCCUGCUCUCUGGCAUCAUAAUCGAUUGCAGUGGUCUAGCGUCACAUGCCUUGUUUUGGGAAAGAUGGCUGAGGAAGGCAAAGAGUCGGACGCGACAGCUGGCGAGUGCGACAGGAGCGAGGACGAUGCACAGGUGCUGGAAGGUGCAUCAGAAAGCAAAACCUCCAGCGACGAAGAAGGAGUCAAGGACAAGCAGACACCGAACAGUACCUGGUCAGCGCCCAUUCUGUCGCUGGCCCGGAAAGCUUCCGAGACCCUGAGCAGCGGGGUCAGCUACGGGACCGCUUUGAGAAACGCCACUUCGGUUUCCGUGGGCUUACCGACCAAGCAGACUACCGAGGAUGAUGACGGCACCGUCGGCAACCUUCCAGCCUCGGGGAAGGACCCGAUGGCGGUGGAGCGGUCCAAUCUGCUGAGCAUGAUGAAGCUGAGCGUCAAGGUUCUGAUCCAGUCGUCGCUGAGCCUGGGCCGCUCGCUGGACUCGGAAUACCCGCCUCUCCAGCAGUUCUUCGUGGUUCUGGAACAUUGCCUGAAGCACGGGCUCAAAGUUAGGAAAUCCUUCAUAGGGCAGAGUAAGUCCAUUUGGGGACCUCUGGAGCUUGUGGAGAAGCUGUGCCCUGAAUCAUCCAACAUCGCCACCAGCGCACGAGACCUCCCAGGGAUCAAGACCGGGCUGGGGAGGGGCCGGGCAUGGCUACACCUGGCCCUCAUGCAGAAGAAGGUGGCCGACUACCUGAAAACCCUCCUGGACAGACGGGACCUGCUCAGUGAGUUCUACGAGGCGGGGGCGCUCAUGAUGCAGGAGGAGGGGACCGUGAUCGUGGGGAUGCUGGUGGGCCUCAACGUCAUCGACGCCAACCUGUGCGUGAAGGGGGAGGACCUGGACUCCCAGGUGGGCGUCAUCGACUUCUCCCUCUACCUGAAGGACCCCCAGGGCACCGAGACCCAGAAGGAUGACGGGAAGAUGACCGCCAUUCUGGAUCAGAAGCACUACAUCGAGGAGCUGAACAGACACCUGAGCUGUACGGUGACAGACCUGCAAGCUAAGAUGGACUCUCUAGAAAAGACAAACUCUAAGCUGGUAGAGGAGCUGACUGCAGCGACAGACCGGAUUAACUCUCUGCGGGAGGAGCAGGAUCAGCUUAAACAGGAGAACAUGACCAUCCUACAGUGCAGCAAGAAGAAGGAGGAGGUGUCUCGGCAGGACAGCGAGGUGGAGUUGGAGACGUACAGGCAGUCCCGGCAGGGUCUGGACGAGAUGUAUAACGAGGUGUGGAAGCAGUACAAGGAGGAGAAACGUAUUCGACAGGAGCUGGAGAAGGAGCUGGAGCUGCAGGUGGGGUUAAAGCAGGAGAUGGAGGUGGCCAUGAAGCUUCUGGAGAAGGACACGCACGAGAAGCAGGACACCCUGGGCGCUCUCCGCCUGCAGCUCGACCAGGUCAAGACCCUCAACCUGCAGAUGUUCCACAAAGCACAGGAUACAAGCCGCGUUGUGCAGAAGAAGGAGGAGGAGGCCGCUCAGCUGGAGGAGAAGAUGAACCAGAUGUCUCAGACCAUGAAGGAGCUGGAGGACAGGAUGCAGAGCUCGGAGCAGACGCGCAGGCAGGCCCUGGCCCAGGAGCAGGAGGCCAGGCAGGAGCUGCAGGGGAGAGUGGACUCACUGCAGAGGCAGCUGAGCGAGCUGGACACCCUGAGGCUGGGGCUGGAGUCGGACCUGCGCAGCGAGAAGGAGCAGAGGCAGCGCAUGCAGCGGGAGCUGCAGAGGGAGCAGGACAACAGCGCAGAACUGCGCACGCAGCUGCAACAGCUGCAGGGUCUGCAGAAGGAGCUGCAGGAGCUGCAGCAGGAGAAGAAGCAGCUGCAGACGACGUGUGAGGAGCAGGAGCAGGCUCUGCAGGAGAUGGGUCUGCACCUCAGCCAGUCCAAGCUGAAGAUGGAGGACUUCAAGGAAGUCAACAAGGCGCUGAAGGGCCACGCCUGGCUGAAGGAUGACGAGGCCACUCAGUGUAAGCAGUGCCAGAAGGAGUUCUCCAUUGCUCGGAGGAAGCAUCACUGCCGGAACUGCGGAGACAUCUACUGCAGCAGCUGCUCCGGUAACGAGCUGGCCCUGCCCUCGUACCCGCGACCCGUCCGCGUCUGCGACACCUGCCACUCCCUGCUGCUGCAGAGGAGCUCGUCCACCGCGUCCUGACCUCACACUCUCACACUAAUCUACACACACUUUUAUACACACACAAACACUUAUACACACACACUUAUG